CUCCCGAGAGCAACGUCAAUUUCAACCCUACCCUUCACUACCUUUCCACGCCACCACAACCAUCACACCAACCACACUCACAACCGUCACUCUGACGACGACGGCCCCGACCACUACUUCUCCGGAGACCACCGCAUCUGAGUCCACCACCGCAAGCACCGUAAAAACAACUCCGCUGACGACAGUUUCUCCAACUACUACGUCAACUAAGUCCACAACGCGAUCAACACCAACAGUAACUAAGGCCGCAGAAUCCUCAACAACGAGAAGUACCAGGAAAACGACACCGAUCACGUCUGUCUCUACAACAUCCAAAACUACUGUGUCAACAGAAUCCAUCUCAACCUCCUCACCAAAAACAAUUCUAAGAAGCACCUCAUCACCAAAAACUGCUCCAAUAAUUAUUAUGACAACGACUAUGCCUUCCACCAAGUCUAUGGAAACCAGGACAACCGCCACAGCAGCUUCACCCACAGCCCUCACUUUCACCACGGCUACCUUGUCCACUAGCUCUCCAGAGAGCACAACAUCAAAGUCAACCCCUACCAUUUCCACUACUUUUACCACGCCUUCCACAACCACCACACCAUCUACACUCACAAUCGUCACUCUGACGACAACGGCCCGGACCAGUACUUCACCGGAGAGCAUCGCAACAGAGUCCACCACCCCAAGUACUGUAAAAACAACUACUUUGACGACAUUUUCACCAAUUACUACAUCAGCUAAGUCCACAACUAAGUCAACACCAACAGUAACAAAGGCCAUACGAACCACACCACCACAUAGAACCACCCCCAGAAGUACGACGAAAACAUCACCAAUCACAUCAGUCUCCACAACAUCCAAAACCACUGCAUCAACAGAGUCCACUUCAACCUCCAUACCAAAAACUAGACUGAUAACCACAUCUCUGACGACUACUCCUUCUGCUACGUCUACUCAGUCCAGUACAACUGCCACACCAACUGCGCCCACAACCGUCACCUUGACAACAAUUACCUUGACCACUAGUUCAGCGAAGAGCACCACCUCAGAGUCCACCUCCACCCAAACCACUACUUUUACCACCACAAAAACCACAACGCUGACAUCCCCUACCCCUUCCAUUACCUCUACCAAGUCCAGCACAACCACCACACCAACUACACCCACAACUGUCACUCUGACAAUGGCAUCAACCAGUACUUCAACAAAGAGCACCCCAUCAGUGUCCACUAGUCCAAGCAGUGCAAAAACAUCUACACUGACGACAGUUUCUCCAACUACUAAGUCAACUAAGUCCACAACAGGAUCAACACCAACAGUAACAAAGACUAUAGAAAGCACACCACCACAAAGAACUACUCCCAUCAGUACGACGAAAACAACACCAAUAACAUCUGUCUCUACAACGUCCAAAACCACUACUUCUACAGAGUCCACUCCAACCUCCUCACCAAAAACUAGGCUGAUAACCACAACUCUGACAACAACUACUCCUUCUACUACAUCUGUGGUGUCCAGCACAACUGCCACACCAACUACACCCACAACCGUCACUCUGACGACAACUACCUCGACCACUAGUUCAAUGGAGACCACCAUAUCAGAGUCCACCUCUCCGCAAACCAUUACCUCUACCACCACAAAAACCACAUCACUGACAACCCCUACACCUUCUAUUACCUCUACCACAUCCAGCACAACCACCACCCCAACUACACUCACAUCUAUCACUCUGACGACAAUGGUCCCUACAGCUAGGUCAACAUCAGAGUCCAUCACCCCAAGCACCAUAAAAGCCACAACACUGACAGGAAUUUCUUCUACUACUAUUUCAACUAAAUCCACAAUGAGGACAACACCAACACCAACAGUAAUAAAGUCAACUAGAAAAACCACAACUUCCAGUUCUUCUAUUAAAUCCACUACAAGCACUUCACCAACAACUACUCCAAUCUCUACCUCAACAGAAUUUUCAACAUUGGAAUCCACCACUCUGCCUAAUGCCACUACCUCAAUCACCAAAAAACCGACAUCAAAAAUGACUACUCCCACAUUUACGGCUUCGACACUCACUAUGAUAACAUCCACUACUCCGAAAACCACAACCAUCAAAAUCACAACUUUUUCAACUACUCCAACUAGUUCAUCAACUGAGACAGCCACAGUCAAAUCAACUACAUACAUAACACCAACCACAACAAAAACCACAGCUCUAUUCAAUGAAACAACUACAGCUUCUACUGCAUUUACUACAAGCUUUCACCUCUCUGGCACACUAUCUACUUUACUAACUACAACACCUUCAAAAGAACGUUGCAGAGAGAUUGAAUAUGAGGAGCAAGUGACUUACAAAGGAUGUAUUACAAAUGUCACCUUGACCCGCUGUGAAGGAUUGUGUCCAUCUUCAGCAAAGCUAAAUAUCGCAAAGAUGAUGGUAGAUGUGGAAUGUGGCUGUUGUAUGCCAGUCACACUGCAUAAAAAGGAACUGAAAAUGCCUUGCCCAGACCCAGAUCACCCUGGAAAGAGGCUCGUUAUGGAGAUAAUCAUAUUUGGUGGCUGCGUAUGUAACUACGAUGGCUGCACACACUAGCUGGGCUUUUCAAACAGUAUCAAAACAUUUUUUUUUAAAUGAAAUUACACGGUAACAAUUUACAACAUUUCAAACAAUGACUGUUCAUUACUAUGACCUCUCUUAUGUCUACUUCUGCUGAUUACAUGGGCCAGCUUUGUAGGGAGCCAACCAGGGCAGUUAUCUAGAAUGCAGAUAACUAUAGUAUUAAAAUGAUGUGAAUAAUUUAUUUCUAAAUUGGAGAGAAGUAAGGGAGGAUCCAGGAGUGUCUGGCUUGCUCAAGACACUAUUUAACCAAAUGCUAAAGGCUGGCCUGACUGAUUAUGUACUAUAUAAUACUAAUGGGGGUUUUGCUCUUUCAAAUAAAAUGUGAUGAACUGCUAAUUCUUUACAUCUUUGUUAAGUGACAAUUGGGUUAGAAUGCGCUUUCUACUGUAAACAGCUGCAAUGUUUCUGUAAAUUCAUAAAAUGAUCUGUUAAUCCAUAGAAUGCUAGCCAGUGUCUAAGUGGAUGACAUCUGAAAAGAGUA